GAAAAAACAGAAGUCCUCAGUGAAGAUCUGCUACAGAUCGAACGGCGCCUGGACACUGUGCGGUCAAUGUGCCACCAUUCGCAUAAGCGUUUGAUAGCAUGCUUCCAGGGUCAGCAUGGCACCGAUGCCGAGAGGAGACAUAAAAAGCUUCCUCUGACAGCGCUCGCCCAAAACAUGCAGGAGGCUUCAGCCCAGCUCGAAGAGUCUCUCUUGGGGAAGAUGCUGGAGACCUGUGGGGAUGCUGAGAAUCAGCUGGCUCUUGAGCUCUCACAGCACGAAGUCUUUGUGGAGAAGGAGAUAGUAGACCCUCUCUACAGCAUAGCAGAGGUGGAGAUUCCCAACAUCCAAAAGCAAAGGAAACAGCUUGCUAGACUGGUGUUGGACUGGGAUUCAGUCAGAGCGAGGUGGAACCAAGCACACAAGUCUUCAGGAACCAACUUUCAGGGGCUUCCAUCCAAAAUAGACACCCUAAAGGAAGAGAUGGAUGAAGCUGGGAAUAAAGUCGAACAGUGCAAGGAUCAGCUCGCAGCAGAUAUGUACAACUUCAUGGCCAAAGAAGGGGAGUACGGCAAAUUCUUUGUGACGUUAUUAGAAGCCCAAGCAGAUUACCAUAGAAAAGCAUUAGCAGUCUUAGAAAAGGCCCUUCCCGAAAUGCGCGCCCAUCAAGAUAAGUGGGCAGAGAAACCAGCCUUCGGGACACCCCUGGAGGAACACCUGAAGAGGAGUGGGCGUGAGAUUGCUCUCCCUAUUGAGGCCUGCGUCAUGUUGUUGCUGGAGACUGGCAUGAAGGAGGAGGGCCUUUUUCGGAUUGGGGCUGGAGCCUCCAAAUUAAAGAAGUUGAAAGCUGCUCUGGACUGCUCCACAUCUCACCUGGAUGAAUUCUAUUCAGAUCCUCAUGCUGUAGCAGGUGCUUUGAAGUCCUAUUUGCGGGAAUUGCCUGAGCCCUUGAUGACUUUCAGUCUGUAUGAAGAAUGGACACAAGUUGCAAGUGUGCAGGAUCAAGACAAAAAACUUCAAUAUUUAUGGACAACAUGUCAGAAGUUGCCACCACAAAAUUUUGUUAACUUUAGGUAUUUAAUCAAGUUUCUUGCAAAGCUUGCCCAGACCAGUGAUGUAAAUAAAAUGACUCCUAGCAACAUUGCCAUUGUGCUGGGCCCUAACCUGUUGUGGGCCAAACAAGAAGGAACACUGGCUGAAAUAGCAGCUGCCACAUCUGUCCACGUAGUCGCGGUGAUUGAACCUAUCAUCCAGCAUGCAGAUUGGUUCUUCCCUGGAGAGAUAGAAUUCAAUGUAUCAGAAGCAUUUGUUCCUCUUGCUACCCCAAAUUCUAAUCACUCAACCCACACUGGAAAUGACUCUGACUCGGGGACUCUGGAGAGGAAGCGACCUGCCAGCAUGGCAGUGAUGGAAGGGGACUUAGUCAAGAAGGAGAGCUUUGGUGUGAAGCUUAUGGACUUCCAGGCCCACCGGCGGGGUGGCACUCUAAAUAGAAAGCACGCGUCCCCUGCUUUCCAGCCGCCACUCCCGCCCACAGAUGGCAACGCCUUGGCUCCAGCAGGCCCAGAGCCUCCUUCUCAGAGCUCUAGGGCUGACAGCAGCUCAGGGGGUGGGCCUGUCCCCUCUUCUGCGGGCAUAUUGGAGCAGGGGCUGAGCCCAGGUGACAGCAGUCCUCCAAAACCCAAAGACACUGUGUCUGCAGCUGUCCCUGCACCAGGAAGAAACAACAACCAGGUGACCACAGGCCCAAGCCAGGCCCAGGCAGGUGGCAGCUCCCAUCAGCUCUCAGUGGGCACACCUCACAGUGCAGCUGGUCCCAGCCCUCACACUCUGCGUCGAGACACCAAUUCUAGGGUUUCAGAAUCACUUCGCAACAUCUUUCCUGAAAUACAUUCAGACUUGGCAAGCAAAGAAGUGCCUGGCCACAUUCUGCUGGACAUAGACAAUGACACAGAAAGUACCGCAUUGUGAAAAGAGCCACUCGCCAGCCUUUGGCCCUCCGUCCCGGUGAGCGGAACUGGGUCAGGCAAGCCUCUGUCCCUGCAGACCAAACAGUGAAAAGCUUUCAGUGGGGGAAGGAAGGUCUGACUCCACAGGACUAGACUCCCACGGCCCAAGGAGAAGGUAAAGGGCCGGUACUCAAAGCUGAAUGACCUGGGUCGUGAAGAAGUUGGCUUGCUUUAUAUAUGGACGAAAAUCAUGCCAAAAAUGAUAGAACAAAGAAAUACCUACAGCGGAAAGAGUAUUAUUACUGCUGAGAAAUAUAUGGGAAGCCUUUGCCCAUGCUGUUAACACAGACAGCAACUUGGAGUGACUAAGAAGAGACUUACCUAUCUAUUUAAUAAAACACAUUAAUUAUGCAAGUUACCUGCUUCCUGCUACUUGGACUUUGGUCAUCACGCACCAGAGGGAGCUUCUGUUCCUUCAGACUUGCUGCAGAAUCCUUUUGUAUUAAGUCCAGUCUGUGUCUCCUCCAACCCCAAAACCUCAAGCAUUGAUGGUGACUGCUGGCUCUGUCGCCCUCAAACUGGAUGUGAGUCGUGCCUUGUGGACUGCCAGACUGUGGAGAGAAAUAUACUGUUCUUUUUUAAAAAACAAAACAAAACAAUGUAAUUGCUACUUGAUAAAAGUUGAAUGUUAUUCUAGUUUCGUGUUUAAUUUGAAUUAAAUAUAUUCUGUGGUUUAUAUGAAAA